UGUCAGUGUUUGUCGGGAAAAAGCGACGCACAGUUUAGAUUCAGACGUUAGCUGGUGUGGUUCGCGAGCGCUUGUAUCACAAUAAGAGAGAGAUGUUGCGAGCUUAUCAACAAAGAUCAGUUAAUAAAAUGUUGAUUGAAUGCAUUUCGCGUUGCAUUCCAUAAACUAGAACCAGAGAAACGGAACAGAAACUGAGAAAAGGAAAACCUUAGAAAGCUUAUUAAGCCAAGGGAAAAAACCCACCGAAUAAAUAAGCAAAAUAAAUCCAAUAAAGAGAGAGAGCGAGAGAGAGAGAGAGAGAGAGAGAGAGAGAGAGAGAGAGAGAGAGUGAAAGAUUCAAGUGACUUUUGCUUGAGACAGCAAAUGAACUUCAAUCCAGAGAGUUUUGUAGCCACAGCAGCUGCAACCGUCCAGAACUCUCAUCAUCCUUGCCAUCAGCCAGAGCAGCAGCAGCAGCACCUGCAGCAUCACAAUAUACCACUGCCGCCCAGUUACGGGAUCGAGAUCAGUAUCGGGUCGGGCAGUGGUAGGAGCAGUGUCGGUGGAAGCGGGGCUGGUGGCGGCGGCAGCGGCAGCGGCGGAGGUGGUAGCAGUUCACCUAAAAUCAUGGAAUGGACCAACGACGAUGCCUUGGAGUUAAUUGAACAGUAUCGCUGCCAUACGGAACUGUGGAAUCGGGCCGAUCCCAAGUACAAGGACAAACUGUGUCGGUUCCGGGCGUGGUCGGAGAUUGCGGAGCGAUUCGGCUGCAGCAAGGCUGAGGUGGAGCGCAAGAUGAACGUGCUGCUGACACAGUACAGGCGCGAGAAGCACAAAAUGUUUGUGAAAAUCUAUCAGGGCAUACAGCCGAAUCCGUCCAAGUGGUAUGCCUUCAAGCGUUUCGAUUUCAUGGAAGCUGGCGGCGGCAGCCUGAGCGGAUUGCCAGCCGGCGCUGGCAUGGGCAGCAGUGCCGCCUCGUCAUCGUCCAGCACGACGCACAAUGGACUGAAUGGACUGGCCGCUGCAGCGGUCGCUGCUGCUGCUUACGAGAACAGCACCAUCGCUGCAGCGGCCAAUGGUGGAGCCACCGGCCCGAUGGGGUGUGCAACUGGUGCCACAACAACAGCAUCUGGAGCGGCGAUGCCUGCAUCGCAGCACAGACGCAUCAAAACCAAAGAGCUGAAGUAUUUCGGAGCGAUGGGCCUAAAUAUACCUAUGCUGAUAGCAAAUAGUCAAUCGAUGGACAAUUGGAAUACGGCGGGUCAAUACUCGCCGCCGAUAGGUGGCGGUGGUACAGGAGUCGUGGUGCCCAAUGCACAGCAGCAGCAGCAGCAGCUGCGCGUUUCUCUGCCAAUGUCUUAUGGUGCUGGUGGUGCCGGUGGUGCCAGUGGUGCGCCGUAUGCGGUCGGCGGUGGAGCAGGUGCUGGUGGUGGUGGCAGCAGUAGCAGCGAUUUCCAGCCCAGUCCCCAUAAAACCAUCGAUACAUCGGAUAACGAGGAUAACAYUAUGAGAGAUGAGGCGACGGCGACGGCGACGGCGCUGGGGCAGCUGGCGGCCAAAGUGGAGCGUCGCUCCCCGCCGCUAUCCUCCAAUAUGGGCGGUGGCAGCCGCAGCGGCAGCAGAGACGGCGGCAUCGGUAACGCCCUGGAUGCUGGCGAACAUCCUGUCGCCGAGCCAGCGUCCAUUGCGGCCGCCUUGAGCGAGGCCGGUUCUAGUCCAAUACCCAACACAAACACCAACAUACACGAGGCGCAUAAGAAUCACCUACUGAAAUCGAGUCCGGGCUCGGUGCGUGCCGUGACGCCUCGGCAUGCGCAUGAGCAGCUGCAUCAUGGCCAUCAUACGCUGCAGCACCAUACGCUGCGCCAGCAUCAGGAUGAACUAGAUAUUAAGCAGGAGCUCGUUGAUUACUUCCAUCCGCCGUCCGUUUCAGCAGCUCCGCCGCCGCCUGACUCACAUCGUUCCUAUAGCUCGUCCGGCGAGGAGAAUCGCCUGCAUUUGGACAUGGCGCAGGACUUGCGCGUUGCCCAGGCCAAAGCUCAAGCCAAUUUCGGCCAGUUCGUGCUGCCGCCGCGCAGCAGCAGCGCCCAAUUGGCAGCGGCAGCGGCGGCUGCCUCCAUGCCCCUAAAUAUGCGCAAACUGACGGCCGGCUCCAGUGCCGGCCACAUGCUGAUGAAUUCCCUGCUCAGCUCGAGGGCUAGCAUGUCGGAUGGCGACGACAAUGAUGAGGCAACCGAGUCGGCAGCUAGUCCUGGCCACAUCAAGAGCAGCGUCUCGGCCCAGGACGCCAGCUCGACGGCGGCAGCGGCUGCUGCGCUAUACGCAGAGAGUCUCAGCCGGGACGAUUGUGAUUUCGUGGGCUCCAAUGUGUCGAUGAAGCUGCGCACCAUGGAUCGUACGCAGCGCAUCAUUGCCGAGAAACUGAUUAGCGAGGUGCUCUUCUUUGGCCAGUUCAAUGAGCUCGAACGCACCGCGUGCAUCCAGCCCAAGUGACAACGACAUCUGACCAGAGAGUGGAGGAGCGUAGGUUUAGUUACGGGAAUGGGAACGGGAACGGGACUAGGAAUGGGAAUGGGAAUGGGAAUGGGUUAUACAGCUGCGAAUGGCAUGGCAACGGGUUUGGAAAUGGCUUGGAACAUGGCAAAUAGACCUAACCAAAUUUCACUGUGAAAUAACCAAGAAAACAACUACAACAACAACAACAACAAAAUACAAAACAGUACAAUUUACUUUUAGUUAAUGCGAGUCGUAGGGCUCAUCUGUACAAAGCACAUGUGGGCAUAUGGGGGGCGGGGGGGUGGCAGCGUUACUUAGGCAUAAUAGAACAGCUAUAUAUAUAGGUCGACAGUGAUUGAAUAAUAGAGUCAAGUCGAAAGCAAUUUCCAAUCGAAAUAUACAUCUAUAUAUAUUUGAGCUCACAAUUGCAAAACACAAAACUAAACGACAGAAUCUCAGUAUUACUUAUAAACAACAACAACAAACCAACAAACAAACAAACAAACAAAAUACAUAGCUAUAUGUAGCAUAUACCAUAUACAUACGUACAUAUAUAGAUAGAUGGAUAGAGCAGCUAUAGCAAUAUCUACUCUCAGCAAGCAUUUGCCAUGUUGGGCCAACAGACCAACCAUGUCCACCUGGGGUUACCUUUGCCCAAGAGAAUCACGCCCACGUUGGGCGUAAAAUGACGAAAGACAAAAGUUGACCAGUUGCUGGUCGAAGUGCUGAAAA